AUGCUUACUUGCAACAAGAUAUUCCUUACUCCUUCAUACGAUAAUGAUGAGAUCGAUGAUAGUGCCCCUCCACCCUACUAUGCACAUUCAUUUAUUGCGAAAGAUUCGUCUUUGCCUCCACUCUCAAUUUCGCACUCGCAUUCACACUCGCUAUUACUCUCCAAAUCGAAAUCAAAGCCAGACUACAGACAUUCAUUUGUUUCACCAGAAUACGCACAUACAAUCAAUGGACUGUGCCAGAAACUUCGGGGAAUGAAGGCCAAAUACAAGGACAACCGAGAAACCCGUAAAGCAACCCGUCGAGAAAAACGUCCUCAGGAUGGCAAGACAAAUCCAUUUGAAUAA